CUGCUGGUGGUUGAAUCCCUUAUUUAUUAUUGGCCACAAACGGAAGCUUGAAGAAGAUGAUAUGUAUAAAGUGCUGCCAGAAGAUUCCUCAGAGAAGCUUGGAGAGGAAUUGCAGUGGUACUGGGAUAAAGAGGUGCAAAAAGCAAAAAAGAGAGGAACAACGCCACAUUUAACAAAAGCCAUUAUUCUCUGUUACUGGAAAUCCUAUUUAGUUUUUGGAAUUUUCACAAUGAUUGAGGAAACCCUCAAAAUAGUUCAGCCAAUAAUUUUGGGAAAAAUUAUUAAAUAUUUUGAACGCUGUGAAAACUGUGAUUUGAAUGUUGCAUAUGGCUACGCAGCUGCUCUGUCUGUGUGCACGCUUAUUCUAGCCAUAAUGCACCACUUAUACUUCUAUCAUGUACAGCGGGCUGGCAUGAAGCUGAGGGUAGCUAUGUGUCAUAUGAUUUAUCGGAAGGCUCUUCGUCUCAGUAACGUAGCAAUGGCAAAAACUACCACUGGCCAAAUAGUAAAUCUUCUGUCAAAUGAUGUGAACAAAUUUGAUCAGGUAACGAUUUUCUUGCACUUCUUGUGGGCUGGACCAAUUCAAGCUGUAGCAGUAACAGUACUUCUCUGGAUGGAGAUAGGCCCACCAUGUCUUGCAGGAAUGGCAGUUCUGAUUAUUCUUCUUCCUGUCCAGACCUGCAUUGGGAGGCUUUUUUCUUCCCUAAGAAGCAAGACAGCUGCCUUAACAGAUGUCAGGAUUAGGACCAUGAAUGAAGUCAUAAGUGGUAUGAAGAUAAUAAAGAUGUAUGCUUGGGAAAAGUCAUUUGCAGAACUUGUGAAUGGUUUAAGAAGGAAGGAGAUUGCCAUGGUUAUGAAAAGCUCCUACCUUCGAGGACUGAACUUAGCCUCUUUCUUUGUGGCAAGCAAAAUAACAGUGUUCAUGACUUUCAUGGCAUAUGUACUCCUUGGCAAUGUUAUCUCUGCAAGUCGGGUGUUUGUUGCAGUGUCCUUGUAUGGUGCAGUAAGACUGACAGUAACUCUGUUCUUCCCUGCGGCUGUUGAGAGAGUAUCUGAAGCAGUGGUUAGCAUACGACGAAUCAAGAACUUUCUGAUACUUGAUGAGGUCUCACACUUCAAGCCACAACUGCAUGGUAACAGUGAGAAUGUCAUUCUUCAUGUUCAAGAUUUGACUUGCUAUUGGGAUAAGAGUUUAGAAAGCCCAGCACUUCAACAAGUAUCAUUUACCGUCAGACGAGGGGAAUUAUUGGCUGUGGUUGGUCCUGUAGGAGCUGGAAAAUCUUCACUCUUAAGUGCUGUGCUUGGUGAGCUUCCUAAAGACAAAGGUUUGAUAAACGUUACUGGAAGAAUUGCCUAUGUUUCCCAGCAGCCUUGGGUGUUUUCUGGUACAGUAAGAAGUAAUAUACUGUUUGACAAGGAAUAUGAGAAAGAAAAAUAUGAAAAAGUUUUAAAAGUCUGUGCUCUUAAAAAGGACUUGGAAUUAUUAGAAAAUGGUGACCUAACAGUAAUAGGAGAUCGUGGAGCUACACUGAGCGGAGGACAGAAGGCCCGUGUAAACCUGGCCAGAGCUGUGUAUCAGGAUGCAGACAUCUAUCUUUUGGAUGAUCCACUAAGUGCAGUAGAUGCUGAAGUUGGAAGACAUUUGUUUGAAAAAUGUAUUUGUCAGGCCUUACAUCAGAAGAUCUCUGUUUUGGUCACUCACCAAUUGCAAUAUCUCCGUGCUGCAAAUCAGAUUUUAAUUUUGAAAGAUGGUAAAAUGGUGGGGAAAGCUACCUAUGCAGAGUUCCUGAGAUCUGGCAUCGACUUUGCUUCCCUUUUGAAAAAAGAUGAGGAGGUAGAGCAGCUGUCGGUUCCAGGAACCCCCAACCUGAAGUCUGCCCGCAGCCGAACCUUCUCCGAGUCCUCAGUCUGGUCCCAGGAUUCUUCUGUCCACUCACAGAAAGAUGGAGCAGUGGAACAACCACCUGCUGAAAAUGCACUGGCUGCAAUGCCAGAGGAGAGUCGCUCUGAGGGAAAAAUAAACUUUAAGGUUUACAGAAAAUACUUCACUGCAGGAGCAAACUACUUUGUGAUUUUUAUACUUUUAGUAUUCAAUAUUUUGGCACAGGUGGCGUAUGUGCUCCAGGACUGGUGGCUUUCUUACUGGGCAAAUCAUCAAGAAAAGUUGAAUGUCACAACAAAUGGAAAUAAUGGAGCAAAUGAGACUGAACACCUAGACCUUAAUUUUUAUUUGGGAAUUUACGCAGGUUUAACAGUGGCUACAAUACUGUUUGGCAUAAUAAGAAGUCUUCUGGUGUUUCAAGUUCUUGUUAAUUCUGGUCAGACUUUGCACAACAAAAUGUUUCAAUCCAUUUUGAAAGCUCCUGUCUUGUUUUUUGACAGAAAUCCUAUAGGAAGAAUCUUAAAUCGUUUCUCCAAAGAUAUUGGCCACCUGGAUGACUUGCUUCCAUUGACCUUUUUGGACUUUGUGCAGACUCUCCUACAGAUUUUUGGUGUGGUGGCUGUGGCUGUGGCAGUGAUUCCUUGGAUACUCAUCCCCUUAAUUCCACUAUUUAUUCUUUUCAUUUUUCUUCGACGAUAUUUCUUAGACACUUCAAGAGAUAUUAAACGUCUAGAAUCCACAACUCGAAGUCCAGUGUUCUCCCACUUGUCGUCAUCCCUCCAGGGACUUUGGACUAUUCGAGCUUUGAAAGCAGAGGAGAGAUUUCAAAAACUAUUUGAUGCACACCAAGAUCUCCACUCAGAGGCCUGGUUUCUGUUUUUGACAACCUCAAGAUGGUUUGCUGUGCGUCUGGAUGCCAUCUGUGCCAUUUUUGUUAUAGUGGUUGCUUUUGGUUCCCUGCUUCUUGCCAAGACUUUGAAUGCAGGGCAGGUUGGUUUGGCGCUAUCCUAUGCAAUCACGCUCAUGGGAACAUUCCAGUGGGGUGUUAGACAAAGUGCUGAAGUUGAAAACCUGAUGAUAUCAGUAGAAAGAGUAAUGGAAUACACAGAACUUGAAAAAGAAGCUCCUUGGGAGACCAACAAGCAUCCACCACCUGAAUGGCCAAGCCAAGGAAUGAUAGCAUUUGAAAAUGUUAACUUCACUUACAGUCUAGAUGGACCUUUGGUGUUAAGACAUCUGUCUGUUUUAAUUAAACCAAAGGAAAAGGUUGGAAUAGUGGGAAGAACCGGAGCUGGGAAAAGCUCUCUGAUAGCAGCCCUCUUUCGCUUGGCGGAACCUGAAGGAAGGAUUUGGAUUGAUAAGUACUUGACAUCAGAGCUAGGACUCCAUGACUUGCGGAAGAAAAUUUCAAUUAUACCUCAGGAGCCUGUUUUAUUCACUGGAACUAUGAGGAAAAACUUAGAUCCUUUCAAUGAAUACACCGAUGAAGAGCUGUGGAAUGCAUUGGAAGAGGUGCAACUGAAGGAGGUUGUGGAAGAUCUACCAAAUAAAAUGGACAUGCAGCUGGCAGAAUCUGGGUCUAAUUUUAGUGUUGGUCAGAGACAGCUGGUGUGUCUUGCCAGAGCAGUUCUAAAAAAAAAUCGGAUUCUUAUCAUUGAUGAAGCAACAGCAAAUGUGGACCCAAGAACAGAUGAGUUCAUUCAAAAGACCAUCCGUGAAAAGUUUGCUCACUGCACAGUGCUGACCAUUGCACACCGCUUGAACACCAUUAUUGACAGUGACAGGAUUAUGGUUUUAGAUGCAGGAAGACUGAAAGAAUAUGGUGAACCUUAUAUUUUGCUGCAAGAACAUGAUGGCUUAUUUUACAAAAUGGUGCAACAAGUGGGCAAGACUGAAGCAGCUUCUCUGAUUGAAACAGCCAAACGGGUGUACUUCAGCAAGAAUUACCCAGAAGUUGUUCAGAAUGGUCAGCUUACUACAGACUCCUCCUUGGAUCCUUCCUCAGGAUUAUGCAUAACCGAAACUGCACUGUGAUUUCGAAUAACCUUAAUUGUUUUCCAUAGAAUGUAAACCUGAGAUCAUCUAAACUCAGUGACUAUGUUUGCAAGUGUCAACGGGAGAGGAAAGGGGGGGGCGAUUCUUUGCACUGGACAUCUUUUCUAUUUAAUACUGAGAAGAAAAUUUUUACUGUCCCUCUUUCUUUAAUUUCAGUGCAAUAUGUUUUUCUUUCCAACUAAUUAUGUUUGUAUUGCUAAGGAAAUUAGGCAGACUCGGUUUUUAUUUGAAAAUUAUGUGGUAGAGAUCUCUUAUUUAAACAGGUGCGGGACACCUAACAGGUCUAGGGUGCAUAUUUGGAGCUUAUUAAAAAAAUUGGAAUGUGUCCUUUUUUCUUUUGGAAAUACUUUGACAGCAAGCAAACCCAAUUUUUUUUCAGUGUCACUUUAGCACAACAGCUGUGUCUAAACAGCAGAUUUGUUAGUGUGCAACUUAGUUGUCUAAUGCAGCUGUCUUUCUACCUGUCAUAAGUAGCUGUGCAGUUUGGUAGAAAACAGAAUUGAACAAGCCAAAAAGACUUCUUUUUGAUAGCAAAAAGUACUAUAUAAUUUUUUCUUAUAAAUAAUUCAAAUAAUGCUGUUCACGAUGAAUGUAAAUAUUAGUUUUUAUUUUGCUAAAAUCCAAAUGCUGAAAAAUCAAUCUCAAGUCUUCUAUACUUUAGAAGAAAAUUACCACAUUUUGCACUGAAGAAAUAUUUAAAUAAUUUAACACACAUUCCUCUCUUUAUCCAGGUUAUCAAAGAAAAAAAGGUAUUAAAAUAACUUGAGGAAAUGUUUGAAUGACAUGUCAUUAUACCUAAAUACUGUGUAGUACAAAGUUAUCUUCAACACAACACAUUGAAAUGUAUACAUUAUUUGCAUUUAUUGUGCCUUAAUAUUUGUGCCUUCAAGCCAAAGCUGUAACUGCAGGGUACACAACAAAUUCAUUAAAUUUAUGUUAAAAAUAUGUAACCUUAGUGUAUUUAAAGUUUUGCAUCAGGGAUUCUGUUGAACUCCAGCUGUUUGAAGUUACCAUCCUACCAGAAUAGGUAGGAAAGUGCAACCUGUAGUUUUGAAUGGCUGUUGCUGAUAGUGAGAGGAAUGCAGUGAGAGAGGUUCUGUAUUCGUAGGUUAUGUCCUGAUUCAGCAAAGCACUUUAACACAAAGGCACUAUUCCCAUGUUUUAAAAAAAAAAAAAUCAAGCAAGUGCUGUGCUGCUUCAGAUUUUUUUCAUGUUUAGUGAGAUAUAUACUCUUUGAGGUCCGGUAGAAAAUAAAUCUAUUCAUUUUACUGUUUAAAGGGCACAGAAGAGACUAAAAGGCAAUGGAUCUCUUCAGGACAUGGAAAAUACUGUGCUUUUUUAAAAAUACUGAAGAUGUUUGCUAUUACCUUUGUAAGACAAAUGUUAUUUACCCAGUGUUCACCCAGUGGUCUAAAAGUAAGGCAAACACAAAUGUUUCUCAUUUCAAGCUGUUCUACCAGCAAAUAACUGAUUCAAAUACAGAAUUACUUUCCUUGUUGAGAAGUAAAUUGAGGCCAAAGCCUCAUACUACCUGCAGUGCCACCAGCCAGCUUCCCUGGCAGGGCUGGGGGGAAGCAAACAUCACGUGUCUGGUUUUGCUGGUAUCAUCCUCUUCUAUCAUUAGAAGGAAGUUAGAAAAUUAAAUGCUUUUGUCCCUAGUGUUAUUUUGCCAGGUUCUGACACAUCUUCUGUGGUGUGUAGCACCUUACACUACAAGAAAUCCCACUGAGAUCAGUGGAACUGAACUUCAUGGAGUGCUGCGCAGGUUGAGGCUUGUGCUACAUCUGGUGCUGAACAGCAGACAGUCAGGCACAGCUACCUGUCCCCAGAGCCACAUGGCACCGAUUUGGCUCAUGUAAGCAGUGCUUAUGGCUGAUCCUUCUUAGAGCACACCAGCCACAUCCACUUUUCUGUAUCACUUGGCCCUUGUCUUCUCCAGACUCAUGCAGUCCACUUAUGGACCUAGCUCACAAUUAUUUAGUGUGUUUCGGUGUGGUUUCCUUUUCAAUUCAAUUGUCUGAAAUAAGGAUAGGGCUAUUCUGCAGCUUAGUAGAGUGGUGUUUGUAUCGCAGAGGUAUGUGAAGACAUAAAGAAGUAUUUGAGUGCAUAGAGUCACAUGGGAUAAUGCUGAGGGACUGUGUAGCAUGAAGAAAGCUCAACCUUGCAUGGUUUUGUCUGUAAUUGCCUUUUGGAAGGGAUCUGUGGUGUGAGCCAUGUCCAGACUGCUCAGGAUUUGUCAUGGGAAGACCUGGCUGGAGUGGUCCAAAACAGAGCUGGGGUGAGCUGACCAGUAAGGCAGUGUAGACACUUAAUGGACUCUGGUUCUUGAGCUCAUUUGUUUACCUUUUUUAUUGAGCAGUGUGGACAUGUCCAGAGCCUAACUAUGUUUUACAAUAGUGAAUUCUUUUUAUUUCUAAGUAGUUCUUACAAGAGAGUAAGUAUGAUACGUAAUAAUACACUGAGACUUUUAAAUACUCUUAAGAGAACAGUACAUUCUCCUGGCCAUAUACCUGGAGUUUACUUUUUUUUUUUUUUAUCAGAACCAAGGAGAUAUGCAUGCGUAAACCAAGGGUAUAAUUACGGUUUUAGUUCAUUUCAGCUCUGAAAUGAAUCUAUGGUAAGUUAUAUUUCAGAGCAGAGCUCCAAAACGCUGGCUGCUGCAGACUCACUGGUAUGAGACCCUGACAGAUCUAGCUAUCAGUCUAUAAGCUAGAAUUAAUUUGAUCCUGUAGCUUUUUGAAUGUGCACAAAAAUGUUAGGUAUCUCUGAAAAUGCUGAUUCUGCUUCUUCACAUGUUUUGGCAGGACAUUACUAGUUGUAGGUAUCAAAUGUCAGUAUAAGAGAAAACAAAUUUUUUACAAAAUCACACUUGAAACCCAUAAAUUGCUGAGUAGAACAACUGAUAGCCAGUCAUUCGUGUCUGUCACUGGCGUUGUAUCAUCUGUUUAGUUUAAAGUAACAAAAAUAUUUUAAUCGGAAAAUUUUUUUUUUUUUAAUUCUUUUGUUGGUUUUGUUGUUGAUAGUUGUUUUUAGAUGAGUAUUGGUUAAGAUUGACCCACUUAAUUUCAGUUAACUAAAGUGCAGUGUAUCUGAAUAGCAAAACUCAGAUCAGGCAUGAGAAAGGCCUUCCUCUGGUGAAGGUCUUAGUCUGUUAAAUGGACAAAUUAUGUUUCUGGCAAGGUGUUUUAUGUUUCCUUUUAAAGAAAUGUUCAAGCGGUUCUAAACUUCCACUUUGAAAAUUUUCAUGCUUUAUUUGGAAAUAGCAAAGCUGGUUACCCUAAGCUACAUUCCUUCUUGGGGAUCUUGGAAAAAGAACUCAAUCUUCUGAGUUAUUCAAGCCUUUAAUAUUUCUUUGUCAUGAGGUGCCUUAAAGUAUUCCAGAGUCUUAUUUCUAAUAAAUACAAUUUUAUAAAGUAAUACUGAAAAUCAUCAGUUACAGAGCUGCUGUUUGUUUGGUGUAAAAGACUAGGAAUAGCCUCUACUUCUGAUCUCAAGAAUUGUUCAGACAUUCAUUUUUGUGUAUCUUUGCUCCUCCCCUCCUCAAAAGACCACUGGGAGAGUCAAAACUAACAGUUCUUAAGGACUGGUUAUCUCAUGUUUUGUUUAUUUUAAGGGCAAAAUUCUUCUUAGUGAAGUGAACCAGAGCUUAUUCGCCAUAUAGGCAUAGUCUUCUGCAGUACUGUUCGUACUGCCCUUUGGAAUUGGGAGGGCCUUCUGAGCAACAUCAGUAAUGCCGGUUGCUUAAGUUGUGUUGAUGGCUUCUUUUAACCUUCCCAAUACAUGUUUAAAAUAAGAUUACAGAAAGAAUUAAAAGGGGGCAAAAGAUCCAAAUGUUUUAGAAACUUUCCCGGAAAUGCUGCUUUUUGUAUUAUUCUGACCCUUUGAAAUAUCUCACUUUAAAGUUUGCCUAUUUUUUUUGGGGGGGGGGGGAGAAAAGAAAGAGUUGAAAUAACUUAUUUCCUGUGAUGUUGAUGAGCAUUAGCAGAAGAAUGUGGCUUUCUCUGUAUGUUUUGCAUUGUGUAACAGCGCAUUGCUUUUUCAUCAUCUUAACUCUGGUUUUGCUUUGGGUUUUUGCAUUUGUGUAAUAAUUUGAUUUUUGUAUUGCUAUGGAAUGAUAUCUUUUGUUGACGUUCACAUGACAACUCCUGUCAUACAAUAAAAGGUGUU